UGAUUCGAUAGAUCUCUCGUUAUUUGUUCUCUGUUCACUUUAAUUAAGCAUGUCGUGUAUUAUUAAAGUGUUUCCGCGGCAUCGACACGUUUUAGUUUUGUUGGGGCUCCCUUUAGGGGCACGCUUAAACAUGAGAUUUCCGAAUCACAGCAAGCGAUCAGUAGGGCGUUGUCGGAUGUCACACAAUAUUGCUUUGAUGGCGGCAGAAGUUCCGGUUGAUAGAAUUAGGAAUUUUAGUAUUGUUGCUCAUGUGGACCAUGGAAAGAGCACACUGGCAGACAGACUGCUUGAGAUUACAGGAGUGAUAUCAACAGACAACAAAAACCAACAAGUACUAGACAAAUUGCAAGUUGAGAGAGAACGAGGCAUCACAGUCAAAGCUCAAACGGCAACUCUAUUUCACAAGCAUCAUGGCAGCAUGUACAUGUUAAACCUCAUAGAUACUCCUGGUCAUGUGGACUUUUCGUAUGAGGUUUCUCGGUCGUUGGCUGCUUGUCAAGGUGUUGUGCUGCUAGUUGAUGCUGCACAGGGUGUGCAGGCUCAGACUGUGGCCAACUAUCGUCUGGCUGUUGAUGCCAACUUGACUGUCAUUCCUGUUUUGAAUAAAAUUGAUCUGAAGCAAGCGAAUGUUGAACAGGUUACGAAGCAGUUGGUAAAUCUAUUCAAUGUCAAUCCGAAUGAUGUCAUAGAGGUGUCAGCCAAAAGUGGACUUGGCGUCUCAAACAUCCUUUCUGUUAUUAUUGAAAGAAUUCCUGCACUUCAAGCCAGACAAGACGGUCAUCUCAAGGCCUUGCUGUUUGAUUUAUGGUUUGAUCAUUUUAGGGGAGUAGUUUGUCUUAUGGCUAUUCUGGAUGGUCACAUUAGAGAAGGAGAUCAGAUUGUGUCAGCCAGCAGUCAAAAGUUGUAUACAGUUUCCAAGCUUGGCAUCAUGCAUCCCAAUGAGACUCCAACAGGAGCUUUGUAUGCGGGUCAGGUUGGUUAUGUGGUGACUGGCAUGAGGAAUGUAGAUGAAGCUCGUGUUGGAGACACGUUUUAUAGAAGGGAAUCUCCUGUGCAAGCGUUACCGGGAUUCAGACAGGCUAAACCAAUGGUGUUUGCCAGCUUGUUUCCAAGUGAUCAAUCUGAGUUCACUCAACUGAAAAGUGCAAUAGAGAAACUGACACUCAACGAUGCCAGUGUCACAAUUCAUCAAGACAACAGUGUCGCACUUGGUCAAGGCUUUAGACUUGGUUUCUUAGGCUUGUUGCACAUGGAUGUGUUCACACAGAGACUAGAGCAAGAAUUUGAUGCUUCGGUUAUUGUUACUGCACCAAGCGUUCCUUAUAAAGCAAGGAUGAAGAGAGACGGCAACGAGGUCACUAUACUCACACCUGCACAGUUUCCUGAGAAACAGCAUGUGAUUGAAUAUUUGGAGCCGAUCGUUGAAGGGACGUUGAUAUUUCCUCAGGAACACAUCGGGAAGAUGCUCAACCUGUGCAUGACUCGUCGUGGACAACAGCAGUCUGUAAUCUAUAUUGAUGAGAGUCGUGUCAUGUUGAAAUAUAUUCUUCCUCUCAGUGAAAUCGUCAUUGAUUUUUUUGACCAACUGAAGUCGCUGUCAUCAGGAUAUGCAAGUUUUGACUAUGAAGAUUGUGGAUAUCAAUGUGCAGACCUUGCAAAGAUUGAUGUUUUGUUGAAUGGUCGAGCAGUUGAUGCACUGGCUUGUAUUGUUCAUCAAGAUCAAACUAACACCAUUGGCAAACAACUUUGUAUGAAACUAAGAGAUGUUAUACCAAGGCAACUGUAUGAAGUGGCGAUACAAGCGAGUGUUCGUGGUAAAGUUGUAGCUAGAGAAACUGUCAAGGCUUUACGAAAAGACGUCACUGCCAAACUAUAUGGUGGCGAUGUGACUCGGAAGAUGAAACUGUUGAAACGACAGAAAGAGGGAAAGCGGAAGAUGAAACAAAUAGGAAACAUUGAACUUCCAAAAGAAGCUUUCUUGUCAGUUAUUAGACGGUAACAACAUGCUAC